AUGGCUGGUUUGCGAUUCACCCAACCGGAUUCGGAGACGCAACCGGAUACGGCAGCCAUUCCAAAGGCUGCAUAUUCACCAGAUUUCUUUGAAGACGAGUUGCGCGGUUACAGGUUGUUGAAGGCUGCAAAGUUGACAAGUUCUGAGAAACAAAACAUAUUGACUCAAACAAGCAACAGUACAAGCUUUUUGCAAGUACGAAGGGCUCUCAGAACAUUGUUUGCAGAGGAGGAUGAAUCAGGUCACUCCUGGGGUCGACGACCUCGCAUUUGGUGGACAGAUGAUCAACAGAGUUGGGAUACAGUGGAUGACGCUUGGCAAUGUUGGGAUGCCUACGAUCCAGGGCAUGCAACAUGGUAUGCAGAGGAGGACGAAGAGUCCUAUUGGGCUGAGUGGACUGGAGAUGAUUGGGACGAGGCCGAAUGGCCCGAUCUUGAUGAGGCCGCCGAAGAUGGAAAGGGCAAAUCAGUUCAGUUCCACUCCAUCACCAUUGAUCCCUCCAUCUAUCUGAACACCACCACUGGAACACGGGUGAUAGUAGACACUGGGGCAUCGGAGAAUGCCGUCGGAGCUUCAGCAUUGGCCACCCUUUUGGAACAGUCUCAACUCCCCCAUGAAGUUAGUUUGACGGACCGCCCAGUUUUCAAGUUCGGCAAUGGCCAACAGGCACAGGCCACCAGCAGAGUUGAUUUGAGUGGGACCUCAAUCGGCCGUGUGAGCUUCUACGUUCUCGGUGGUGAAGCGAGCGCCACUCCACCGCUUCUCGGAGGCAAGACCCUUCGACAGCUGGGAGCCGUGCUCGCCUACGAGAACAACAUGUUCAUCUACCACAGCCAGGAUCCCCAGCCUUCGUGGUUUGCA